CUUUACAGACCUUUGCCUUUCGUUCCUCCAGUGUUCUUCGUUACCAAACGAUUCAAUAUCUUUAAAAUGGGUUUCAUUUUGAUGACCGUUACUUGUCUUAUUGCUUCAGCAAGUGCCUUUUCAACCUACGGGGGAAGAGCAAUUAAUGGCAACAACGCCAACAUGAAUGCCGCCAUUAACACGGUGCCAGUCAAUAUGGGACUGAACACUGGAGCAAUGAAUGCACUGCCCGCUAAUAUGAAUAUGGCCGCCAUGAAUAUGAUGGCAGCUAACAUGGCUAACAACAUGAACACAAUGCCAGUAAAUAUGGCCAACAUCAAUGGCGCCAUGAACGUGAUGCCAAGUAAUUUGGGAGUGAACAUGGGCAACAACAUGAACACAAUGCCAGCUAAUAUGAAUAAUCUUGUGAACAUGAUGAUGCCCACCAAUAACAAUGCCAAUAUGCUGAACAAUUUGAUACCAGUUAAUUUGGGCAACAGAAACAAUGUAGCCAGGAAUGCCAAUAUGAUGAACGCCGUGAACCUGAUGUUGCAGAAUAGUGGAAACAAUGGAGUUUUGGGCAAUGCAAUGAUGCCAAACAACAUUGGAAAUAUGGGACCAAAUACCAAUGUUGGUAUAAACAUGAAAUCCGCCUACGCAACCUAUUAAACUCAAUCCAGAUGUUUGUACCAUCAACGAAAGACCCCGAGGAGCUCUGUCUUGUUCUUCAUAGAAAAUUAAAUUGCAUUCCAGAAACAUUUUA